GAACUGAACAUGGAAAUAACAUAUAUUUUCUCAGUCUGAAAUAUAUGAGAAUCUUUUACAGUGAAGGUGAAACUCUUUCAUUUUCUUACACUUUCUUCAUUUUUCCCUCUCAAUUACUGUGUUAAUUUUAGCUAAAAAUCCAGUGAUCUUCAACAACAAGACAUGCUCUGAGGAUGCAAUUAUAUGUCCACAAAGCUGGAACCGAAUCAAUAAUAAUUGCUUCUUUCAAUCUGAACGUGAAAAAACUUGGAUGGAUGGCCAGACAAAAUGCACGGCUCACUCUGGAUCUCUGGCCAUAUUCAACUCCAAGAAUGAAGCGGAAUCUUUGAUGCCCUUUCUGGGACCCUCUUGCUAUUGGAUUGGACUGAAAAUGGACAGCACAAGCAAACUCUGGAUAUGGACAAAUGGAGAUGUAUUCAGCAACUGGUUCAGUAUUGAUGGAAGUGGAGAGUGUGCCUGCAUGUUUCAGAAGGGCAUAAGUAGUGACAGUUGUAGCGAUGCAAGAAAGUACGCAUGCAGCAGAAAAGGGUUUUGUCCUUAG